UCCUGCUACAGCAGCAUGGGCUGGUAGUAGUGUUGACUGUUAGCUGAUGUCUGUAGAGAUGGUGGAGCUCUCCGUAAAAACCGCGGAGCCGGUCCGAGCCGCCGGCGUCCUGCAGCAGAACCGGGUCUUCCUCGACUUCUUCUGGGACCUGGCCAAACCGGAUCAGGAGGUCCGGCUGAAGGCGGUAGAAGACCUGAUCCAGUACCUGAAGACCAACGAUAAGGCAGAUGAAAUGGAAUACACCUUUAAACGGCUGGUGGAUGGACUGGGGCACGCACGAGAGACUGCGAGGCCUGGAUUCAGUCUGGCUCUGGGACAUGUCUUGAGUGCGUUUGAGGACGUCCCUCUGCAGAGUGUCCUCGACAGAGUCAAAGAAAAGCACAAUCUGCUGACAGUGAAGAAGAAACUUAUCAGAAAUGCCAUGUUUGGAAACCUGUUCGGCGUCCUCGCCCUUCAACAGUCCAGUCGCCUCUCUGAAGAGCCGCAGGUGGUGCUGGGUUGUGUUCAGCUCCUCCAGAGCCUCAGUCAGCACAGACAACACUUGAAGGACCUGCCCAAUAAAACCAUGAUGGACAUCCUCAAUGAGAUCCCAGAGGAGGUUUUUGAGGAGGUCCUGCUGAGCACACUGAAAACUGACCUGGCCUCAGCCUUCAGCACUCCGGAACAGAUGCAGUUGCUGCUGGUGGCGCUGCAGCGUUUCCCACAAACACUCAAACCCAAAAAACUCAAGAAGCUGCUGGGCUCCUCGACCAUCAUCAACGCUGAAAACAUCCCAAAGCUGGUAGAGGUGUUAAAGACGGCAGCUCGCUCUGUGAAGAAGGAGUGCGUCCUCCCGGGAGUGGUCCUGGACCUCCUGAAGCUCUCCCUGAAGGAGGACAGCUUCCAGCUCUUCUGGAGUAAAGCCAUCGCAGAGGGCAUGUUGAAGGAUCAGCAGCAGGGACCGACACAUUACCUGAGCUUCCGUCUGCUGGGCAGCGCUCUGCCUCAUCUGUCUGUGGACCAGCUGAAGGAGGUGCUGUCCGGGGAGGUGAUGAUGAACUACGGGGAGCACGUGGUUUCUGCUCAGAAACCUGACCGCUUCAAGCUCGCCCCAGAGAUGGAAGUCUACGUGUCGGACUUCUUGCAGGGCUGUGAGGACUCGGAUAAACAGCUGGUGGUGAUGGUGGCCUUCUCCUCGCUGACCAACCAGGGUUACCCCGUGGUGCCGUCGGUGUGGAGGGUGGUGCAGCACCUCCAGCCUGCAGCUCUGCAGGGUUAUGUGGACUGGCUGAAGCUCACGUUCACGAAGCCUCAGUUCGACAAGCUGCUGGACUUCAGCACUCGCAAACAGAAAGAAAACAAGGAUGCACGGGAACAGAAAGAGGAGCCCAUAGUCCGCCUGAGGAAGUGGAUCGUUUCUCGACUCACCUCAAUUAUUGACAACCACCAGGUGAAGAAGCAGGAGGAUCUCAUCAUGGAUGUGGCCAGGUUCGUCUUCUUCCACGCUUUCUUCAGCUCCACGAAAGCUACGGCUGACAUCGCAGAGACGAAGGGGAAGCUCUCCGUCCCAGUUGAUGAUAAAACCAGAGCAGUGCUCGUCAGUUCUUUCUUUGGUCUUCUCCUGUCCAUGCACCACCUGCCCCUCGCUGACGACUCAGCCGAAGGCGCGGCCGCCAACCAGAAGCGAGUGCUGGGUGCGACAGCCGAUGGCACCAUGUGGAUCUACCACCUGGUCCAGUACGCCCAAGUCCUGCUAAGCCACCCAAAAUCCAUCCAGAGCAACAAACCUUUCAGCCCUGAGCAGACACAGGCCUGGGACAGCAUGCUGGAGUCAGUGGCGAACCUGAAGAAGAAAGCAAAGAAAGGCCAAACCACAGAGAGCCGUGCCUUCCAGCAGCUCUUCCUAUUAGUCGGAAUGCACCUCUUCAAGGCGCCUGAGGAGCUGCUGGACAUCAUGAAGGACCUGCAGAGCUGUGUCGACAAAGCCCAGGAGAAGAAAUCCAAGAAGAAAAAGAAGAAGCAAGCCACAGAGGAGGAGCAGGAGCCUGAUUGGGUGGAGGUGAUGGUGGACAUCUUGUUGUCCCUGCUGUCCCAGCCGAGCCGCCACAUCAGACAGGUCUGCAAAACCGUCUUCACCUCCAUCUGCCCCCACGUUACCCAAGCCGCCCUCACCGCCAUCUUAGAAGUUUUGGACCCAGAGAAGGAUGAGGAGGACGGUGCUGUGUCUAUCACUGACGACAAAACCCAGAAGACAAAACUAGAUGAGGAAGAUGGGGAGGAAGAAGAGGAGGAAGAGGGUGAAGAGGGGGAAGAAAUGGAGGAGGAGUCCUCAGAAGGAGAAGAUGAUGACUCGGACAAGGAUGAUGAAGCAAUGGAGGAAGAGGAAGACGAGGAGCAAUUGGAAGGAGAGGUGGACCAAAAUUUCCGUUUGGACUUGAUGAAGGUGUUGCAGCAGCAGAACGCUCUGGCCACAGAGGAGGAUGCCAGCGAUGAAGAAGACCUGGAUGAUGACGCCAUGAUGGAGCUGGAUAAAGGCCUGGCAGCUGUGUUCACGGAGCAUAAGAAGGCGGCCCAGGCCAAGAAGGAUGAGAAGACAAAAAAACACAAAGAGAAGAUGCUGGUCCGGGACUUUAAGAUCAAGGUGUUGGACCUCAUUGAGGUUUUCGUGGCACGGCAGGCCGGCAGUCCUCUGGUGCUGGGUUUGGUGGAGCCUCUGCUCAACCUCAUCGACAGAGGAAUGAGCUCCGACAGCAACCAGCAGGAGCAGGACUUCCUGCGCCGAGCUGCAGACAUCUUCAGGAACCAGCUUUGUAGGUCCAAGGUUUACUGCAGGACCGCUGCUGACAGACAGGGGGAGCUCCAUGACCUGCUGGAGAAACUGAUGACCAAAGCCCAGAAACUGAACGACUCCUCAGUUUGUCUCUACUACUUCAGUGCGUCUCUGUACGUGGUGAAGGUGCUGAAAGGAGUUCCUCCCACCGCCGAGACAGAAAAGCAGCAGACGGAUGAGAAGUCAGCGGAAAGCGAACUGAGGUUCAUGGGUAACUUGGAUGCAGAUCGCGUCUCGGCCGUCUUCAGGGAAGCUCUGACCUCCUUCAUGGGCCGCAGGAAGAGCCCUCUGACCGCUCAGAUGUUCACAGACUUGUUCAACAGAUUCCCCGUUUUGUGUGUGAGUCUGUUGGAUACAGCUGUGCAGCACAUCACAUCUGCAGUCAGACAACAUCAGCAGGGCCAAGCUUGUGUGCUGGUUUUGCGGGGGAUGCAGAGCAGGGAGGUUCAGAAGCUUCUGAGCGGUGCUCCUUGGACAGAGCUGUGUGUGAAGAUUACAGGUCAGCUGGCAGCGUGUCUUCAGCAGCUUGGGGAACAGACUGAGAGCAAGGUGGUGAGGGAGAAGGUGUUGAAAACCCUGGAGCUCUCUCAGUUCCUCGUCAAGCACGUUCACCAGCAGAAGCUGACCGUUGACCUGGAGCCCCUUCAAACGGUCCUGCAGGGCCUGACCAGCGUCCUCACGUUUAACCGGACCGGCAAGAUGGAGGACACCUACUGGGCCGUCAUGAAGCACUUUGGAGUCAUGAAACCCAAAGUAGAAAAAAUAAAGCCUGAUAAGGAGGUCGCACAACAGUCCCUUCCCAAGAAGAAGAAGGGCUUUCUACCUGAAAGUAAAAAGAGGAAAAAGCGCACAAUGCUUGAUUUAGAGCCUGCAGGAGUCGCAGUAGAGCAAGCCACCCCCGAAGACAAACCAGCAGCCGACAAACCAGCGGCCGACAAACCAGGGGCCGACAAAGGACAGGCCAAAAAGAAACGCUCCAAGAAAUCAAAGCAGAAGCGACCGGCCAAUGGCGCACCGGCAUCUCAGCCCAACCCGGCCAAGAAGAGCAAGACACAACCAGAGAGCAAGAUGGCAAUGAAGAAGAAAAAGCCCAAACAGAAGAAAGAGGGAGGAGGGCCAAAGUGAUGUGGACACUGUUAUUUUUAAUGGACACAAAUUUGUUUUUUGUUAAUUUCCUUUAUGGCCGUGUCUUCGUCUGUUAAUUUGUCUGCUGCACACAUGGUAAUCACCGCUGCCACUCUGUGUCCGGCAAUAUGUUGCCGUAUGAGAUACUAAAAAGUUCCAAUGUGUGGGAGUGAAUUAGGAAAAUAUUAUUUUUCUAAUGUGCGGCUUUUGAUUAAAAAUAUAUAAACAAC